GACCGUGUGCCACAGAGCUCUGGGGUGGAGCCUGGUCCCUCCUCUCCUGCGGGGGCACUGAGGUUGCCGGGCGAUCCCGUAUAUAUACCGUGGUUCAGCUAGAGGAGACAGAGACCGGAGAAGGAAAGCAGACUCAGAACUUGAAGAGAAGGCAAGAACCGGCACCAUGAAACUGGUGAUUGUCGCCGCUUUACUUGGGUUGGUGGUCCUGUGCAUGGGACGUAGAGCUCACAAUCGUGGAAGUCUGGCGGAUUCUCGCAGCGCUGAAGCGUUUAUCUCUAGACAAGAGUCCGCCAACUUCGUCAAAAGACACAGACGUAGCAACAUCCGCAAUCAGGUCUUCGGAACCCCCGUAAGAGACCCUCUAGAAUCCAAGAGAGAGGUCUGCGAGCUCAACCCAAGCUGCGACGAACUGGCCGACCAAGUUGGAAUUCAGGCGGCCUACAGACGCUUCUACAGCCCGGUGUAGAGGACCCCUUGCUUCUCCUCUCCACUUUGUAUGUUACCUUACACCCAUCCUGCUUUCCCCACAACGUAUCAAGCUGGCCGGCUGUUUCCUGGAUGGGGCCGCACUCUCGUUGCUUUGUGUAUGUUGUAGCUAAAUAGCCAUUACCUCAUGUAGCUAGGCAAGAAUGGCACAGGAGCGGGGUGGGGGGGGGGGGGUUAAAAGUUUAAAAAUGGGCCCUUAAGGGCCACAAGCACUUUA